UUAUUCAAUUCAAUUUAAACACCCUGGUCGCCCAGCAAGUUCAGCUGAAUAUUUUUUAUUUUUCAGAUGCUGUGACAGCCCUGUCGUAACCUCGCUGCAUUUCAAGAUUUCUGUUCGCAACUGAGGCUCACAAUGAGUUCAAAAAACAUCAAUUAAAAUUGCACGCAAAUUCGUACUUUAUCAACGCAACAUUUUGUAACGCAUCUGAAUCAAAAAUACAUUUUUUAUCCUUAUUCUAGAAAUAAUUAUUUGAAAAAAAAAAUGGGCAAUUCAGCGCUAUCCAGAGUCCAAAUGGAGGCUGCCAAAAACUUGCCGGCUGGUGGGUCGCCGCCACCGGAAUGUCCAAUGCACCAGAAGAAUGGCGCCAAUCAAUCGGCCUCAGCUGUGCCACCACAUCCCAAAAUACACGCCUCCGAAUGUCCCGUUCAGCAUGACAACAGUGAUGUCAAUCCGUUGAACAUGAUGCCGCCAGCCAACCAAAAGCCGUCACCAGAUCAACCCUUUCCACUGCCCACAGAUCGCCAGACAUCGACCAUACCAAAGGCGACCGAUGACGGCACCGUACAAUUCUGGCAAUAUCCAAGCCAGCAAAUGUUCUGGAAUGCUAUGCUGCGCAAGGGCUGGCGUUGGAAGAAAGAGGAUGUCUCCCAGAAAGAUAUGGGCGAUAUAAUACGUAUACACAACGCCAACAAUGAGCAGGCCUGGCAGGAGGUGCUUAAAUGGGAGGCGCUACACGCAAAAGAGUGUGGCAAUCCACGCCUGAAGAGCUUUGGCGGCAAGGCCAAGGAUUUUAGUCCACGUGCACGCUUCCGUAGCUGGCUUGGGUAUGAGCUGCCUUUUGAUCGCCACGACUGGAUUGUGGACCGCUGCGGCAAGGAUGUUCGCUAUGUCAUUGACUACUACGAUGGGGGCCUGGUUGAUAAAGACUAUCGCUUUGCUUUGUUGGACGUGCGCCCAGCCAUGGAUUCAGUUGAUAAUGUUUGGGAUCGUAUGCGCGUGGCCUACAUGCGCUGGAAAUACGAAUUAUCGGAAAAGUUCCGAGGCAACGACAACAGCAAAGUAUCUGCUGGUAGCGAAUAGGACAUUUUCUAGAACUAUACAAAAUUGAUCUAAGUUAUUAUCGAACCC